UUCUUCAUGACUCAUAUGGACGUAGGUUAGCGAGGUUGCUAGCUUGUUUUGGUGAGAAUGAUGUAUUUUGUGCAUAACUUUUAUUUAGUUGUGGACAAAGGGCUUUCUCCAUGUUCAGAGUUAAGGUAUAAAAAUAUUUUGUGUCAAAUUUUAAGGAUGUCGUGCACUUUCUUAAUUAAAAUUCCCGCAAUUGGAAGCAUCUAGAUUUGCAUAUGUCCUCUGCCACCAUCACGCCCUAUUCAUUCCUUCUCACAAUGAUUUCACACUUCAACACUCUUCUUUUCCCCUCCAUUCACCACAAACCUCUCACAAUCCAAACCUUCCACAGUUCCUCUCACACCCACGUUCCCCACGCUUUCCCCAUAACCUCCAUUCGCGUCUCACGAGCUCUCAAAACCGAAGCACAACACGUCCUCUUCGACUACCUCCACUCAACCCGCGGCUACAACUUCCUCGACGCCGAAUUCAUCAGCCGAAACUCGCCGCGCUUCGUCGAAUCCCUAGCUUCAAAAAUCAACGACGAGAAAAACGAUGAUGAUAACAACGAUGCUGUUAGUCGAGCAUUGAAGAAGUUUCUCAGGUAUAACCCUGUUAAUGAAUUCGAACCCUUUUUAGAGAGUUUGGGAAUUUCCCAAUCUGAAUUGCAUUCGAUUCUCCCACCUGGGGUUUUCUUUUUAACUGAUGAUCAUUUAUUGAUUGAGAAUUUUCAUGCUUUGUGUAAUUACGGGGUGCCGAGGAAUCGAAUGGGGAGAAUCUAUAAGGAAGCUAGAGAGGUUUUUGGGUAUGAGAGUGGAGUGUUGUUGUCGAAGUUUCAAGGUUUUGAGAAUUUAGGGUUGGGGAAAUCAAGUAUUAUCAAGCUUGUUGUUUGUUGUCCUUUGCUCUUGGUUGGUGAUGUGGAUUGUGAGUUUUUGGCUGUUGUUGAUUGGUUGAAGAGAAAUGGGAUUGAGAGUGAUUGGCUUGUGAAUUACAUGUCUUGUUCGAGAACGUGUAGUUGGAGAAAAAUGCUUGAUGCUAUAGAGUUUCUUUGUAAGGCGGGCUAUUUGGAGGAUGGUAUGCGCGAAUUGUUUAAGGAGAAUCCGAAACUAUUGUUAGAAGGGUUUGGGAAGAAUAUGGAGUUGUUUUUGGCCCGAGCGGUUGAGUCGGGUGUUGAGACGAGUGUGAUAUAUUCUUAUUUCAGAGAGUAUCCGUAUAUCAUGUCGAAUAAGUGUGCGAAAAAUCUGUGGAGAGUGAUUGGUUUUUUGGAGAUUAUUGGAAUGGGAAGAGAUGAGAUUGCAUGCAUUCUGUCAGACUACAUGCAUCUCCUUAGUAAACUUUCAUUGAAAGGUCAUAGAACUGUUUGUAAGGAGUUGGAAGUUGGAAAAGCUGAUUUAUGCCAAAUCAUAAAGGAUGAUCCUUUAAAGCUCAUUAGUUUGGCUUCAAAAAUGGAACGGAAGAGCGAUGAACAGCUACGCAAUCACGAUCCAUGUAAGUAUUUGGAGAAAACAACUUUCUUGCUGAAACUGGGGUACACUGAGAACUCUGAGGAGAUGGAAGAAGCAUUGAAAAUGUUUCGAGGGAGAGGUGAUCAGUUACAAGAGAGGUUUGAUUGCCUUGUAGAAGCUGGUUUGGAUUAUAACAGUGUGAUUCAAAUGAUUAAACGAAUUCCUAUGAUUCUAAACCUUCAAAGAAUUACAAUUCAAAAGAAGAUUGAUUUCUUAAAAAGUUUUGGUUACCCUGUUGAAUGUCUUGUGGGAUUCCCAACGUAUUUUUGCCAUGAUUUGGACAAAAUUAUUGAAAGAUUAUCAAUGUAUGCGUGGCUGAAGGAGAGGAAUGCGGUAAAUCCUGCCUUAACAUUGAGCACCAUAGUUUCUUCCAAUGAGAAACGGUUUGUAAAAUAUUUUGUGAAUAUUCAUCCUCAAGGUCCAACUAUCUGGAAAAGUCUAAAAGAGUUAUCAAACAAAGAUAAGAACUAACAGCUUCUUAUGUUGUAUCUAUGUUUUGCUAAGCUGCCUAUUUAUCUCAAUAUAUGCCUUGCUAACA